AUGGUGGCCAAUUUCAAAACUGAGCAGAGCCAGCGUCGCCUGUUGACUGCUGUCAUUGCAGCUCAUCCUGAACUCAAACUCAACUUUAAGGCCAUUGCCAAACACUUUGGCCCUGAGGACUGGGGAGAGUGUGGCAUUGAGCAUUUCUUUCGUCCCCUCAAGAAGGACGCUGUUGUUGUUCGCGACAUGGUCAAGCGUGGCGAGGCAGCAAAGGAUUUCUACGACAACAAGAUGGACUCCACGCCCGACGGCAUUCAGUGGCAGUUCCGCCAGAUCAAGCGCGAUGCUGAGGCUAUGAGACAGGGAAAGGGCGGUGCUACUGCUGCCAGCGUCCCAGUGACCCCAAAGACGAACCGCAAGCGUCCUGCCACCUCGGCCCCUUCCACCGGAAAGUCUACCGCCAGCAAGAAGGCCCGCGGAAGUACUGCCAAGCCCGUCCAGGCCCAAGUUAUCGAGCUGGAUGAUGACGAUGAUGACGAAAACGAGUUUCCUCCCAUCGCCGGAACCCCGAUCCAGGGCCCCCGUUUCACGGACAGUUACGCAAAGCAGUUCUACGGCACCGAUACCCAGACCCCAGCCUUGGACCUGACGCAGGCCGACUCGCCUAAAGAGGACGAGGAUCUCAAGCCAGUCACCCCCAGCGACGCUGCCGCUUACUCGUUCAGUCAGGCUCCUCAGCUGUCCUCAGGCGGCGGCGGCUACGGCAACGACUCCUAUGGCAUCAGCCAGCCUUCCUUCGUGGCCAGCUCUGGAAACUCCAAGAUUUGGACCCCAGAUGAGUUUGAUGACGAGGUCUGA